AUGUCGAGCUUGCCUCUGCCUCCACCAGUGAAACUGGAGUUCCCAAGCUUUAGUAAUGGUGAAGAAGAAGAUCCUGUUAUUUUCUUAGAGAGGUGUGAAGAAUAUUUCGCUCUAUGCCCUCUCUGUGAUUAUGAGAUUCUUGCUUCCCUUACCUCUGUGCUGAAAGGUACCGCUAAAGAUUGGUGGCUGGCUGAAAAGAAGAAUGUAAAAUCUUGGCAGCAGUUCAAAGAAGUCUUCUUGCAGUCUUUCCUAAGUGAGGACUACGAAGAAGAAGUGGCAAGAAAGUUAAUGGAAAGAAAGCAGGGUGCCAAAGAAAAUAUAAGAGAUUUUGCUUAUCAUUACAGAGUCUUAUGCCUUCGCAAAAACAAGGACAUGACUGAUAAAGAAAUUGUUCAUGCCAUACUACGGAACUGCAACCCGAGGUUGGCUAGUUUGCUGCGAGGUAAUGUAAAAGGAGUAAGUGAGCUAGUACGAAUUGGUACGCAAAUUGAAAGAGAUUUUGAAGAGUCUAAAAGAUACUGGAACCAAGUGAAUUCAGAGUCACAACAGCGGAAGACCACUAUUGCAAGAGAAGCAACAGCUAAGCCGUCACCAGCUAACACUCGGGUAAUGCAGCCUGUAAAGAGCUUGGAUCAACCAGAAAUGGUUACUCUCCCUAUUAUUCUCCAGGGCAGAUUAUUUCAAGCAUUGGUUGACACAGGUAGCACCUUAUCUCUUAUUAAAGAAGCCUUCUGGAAACAGUUACGAGGGCAAGAACCUUGUAAAACCAGCAAUGGUCAGUCAUUUUUGUUAGCCAAUGGUCUUAGACAGGAGGCCAUUGGCAAGGUGGUAUGGGAGUGUGAAUUACAAGAAAAGAAAAUGGAUGUCACAUUGUAUAUAAUGCGUGAUACUAACUUGACUGUACCUCUUAUCCUUGGAAUGGAUUUUCUAUGGUCUUCUGGGAUUGUACUUGACUUUAGAAGAUCCCAAUAUCGCUUAACAAGGUCAGAAGAGAGUGGUGAUGAAGAGGUAACUUUUCCUUUGAUGAUACCUGAAUCCUGUGCAAGCCUACACUUCUAUCUUGCUAUACCCUUGCCUAGGGUUUCAGAAGACACUCAACAAUCUAUACGUGAUUUGGUAAUAAAAACCAACACCAACCAACAGAAUAAGAGUUUGUUAGAGGAGUUGAUGCUUAACUGGCCUACAGUUUGCACAAAUGAAAUUGGUCGAACGAGUAUAGUUAAACAUCGCCUUAUUACCUGUAAUGAUGAGUCGUAA